AGCGGCCCCGCGCCCCGCAGAGCAGAGCAGGCGCCCGCUCCGGCUCGUUUCUCCCGGGCUGUGUGGGGCGGAGCGCAGCGCGGGCAGCCCCCCCCCGGGACACGGGACACGGGACACGGGCACGUGCCCGCCGCGGGGUAGAACCGUUAUCUCCCGUAGCGAGCCGGAACGCAGUGGCCAUGGAGGAGAGCCCUCUCAAUGUUGAUUGGUUCACAGACUAUCCUGAUGUGGUUGUAAAAGUGGGAAAAGUGACUUUUGGCGAGAAAUCCAGGAACAAGAUGACUGAUGGCAAUUUGAGAAGGAAACAAGUUGGUAACAUUUCCCGAGCAGCAUGUGCAUUGCUGAAUUCAGGAGGAGGAGUGAUAAAGGCAGAGGUUCAUAACGAGGACUACAAUUAUGAAGAACAUGGGAUUGGGCAGGAUAUAGAAAAAGCCCUUACAGAACUCACUCCAUCUAAAAUGCUUCCAAAAUAUUUUGAUUUUGAAUAUAUGCGGGGAAAAAACUGUAUGUUAAUUUUUGUGAAAUCAUGGAGCAGUGACGGUUCAUCUUCACCCCGUAUUUGCAGCAUAAGAACUGGCUUGUACCAAAGAUGUCUGACUCGAACUGACAGCAUGAGUCCUACUGAAGCAACACAAUUUCUCAAAGAGAAGGAAGUUUCUGCCAGGAGAAAACGUGAUGAGGAGACAGGACCAAGAGCUAAGAAAGCUCUACUCAGUGACGUUCAGCAGGAACAAAACAUGUAUACGUCUGCUGAAAGAUUUUAUCAAAGAGACUCUCUCUGGUGUGGGGAAAAACUAAAUUUCACGGAGUCAACGCAUAUUGAAUUUAAGAAUUUUGCAACAAAGAGCAUUUUGAAAUACAUUAAAGAGAUCCUGCCAAAUUACAUCUCCGCCUUUGCAAACACACAAGGAGGGUUUUUAUUUAUUGGAGUGGAUGAUAAUGGGACAGUUGUUGGAUGUACGAAGGACAAAGUAAAUAUCAAUGAAUUAAAAGAAGUAAUAGAAAAUGUUAAGAGGAAAUUACCCAUUUCACAUUUCUGCAGUUCUCUGCGUGGAGUGGACUUAGAAUGCAAAAUGCUGGACCUGUAUGAUAAAGAUCAAAACGUGUAUGGUUAUGUCUGUGCUGUGAGAAUCCAGCCGUUUUGUUGUGUUGUGUUUUCAGAGACUCCGGACUCAUGGACAGUGAAGGACAAUAAGAUUGUGAGGAUGACAGCCAACGAAUGGACAGGCUUGAUGAUGGCAACUGACCCAGAGAUUUCAAAUUUGCGUGACACUUUCAGGGCGGAGCUGAGUGUGUCAUGUGCGCCCCCACUCACCAAAACCGUGUUUUCCAACAAAGGCCUUGCUUGUCUGCGUGAUCUGCAAGAAUUUCUAUUUCCAGCAAAUGGUAAUGGGAUAACAUACAAACCAGACAACCUCAGCAAAGAGCUGUUCUCAGAGUAUCCAGGGCUGGAGGAUUUAAUGAACGAGCAAAUGGAAGAGCUGCAAUAUUCUCAGGGGCUACUGAUAUUUGCAAGAAGCUGGGCUGUUGCUGUUGGAUUGCCAGAGAAUCAGUAUGUUGUCUGUGAUGCUCUCUUAAUAGCCAAAGGCAAAUACCCAACGCUGUACACAGUCACGGAGGAUUGUUUCAUGGCUGGGUUUGGAUAUUCAAAACGUAUUGCUCGUACGUUAAAGCUGAAACUGGUAAAUGAUGGGGGAUACACUCAGAAAGUGUGUGUGAUUCCCCAUCUCUUACAGCUUGGAACCAAUAGAGAGCAAAGUAAUGACUCGUGUGUACGAGUCAAGUAUCCCCUUACGUAUGUCCUCUUGCCCAAUGACAUGCCAGACUUACUUCACUCACUUGUGAUAAUCUUGUUGAGUUUUAGAUCCUUCUUAAGUGACAGGCUUGGCUGUGAAUUUUUCAACCUUCUCACCAUUAAACAGUAUGAGAUACUAACAAAGAAUCUUCACAAAUCCAAGAAGCUGUUUAUCUACGGCCUGCCAGGAACAGGGAAGACAGUUGUGGCCUUGAAUAUCAUAGAGAGGAUAAAGAACGUGUUCCAUUGUGAAUCUGAUGAGAUUCUGUUCAUUUGUGAGAACCAGCCUCUGAAAGCAAUUGUGGAAAGGAGAAACAUUUGCCAGUCUGUGACGCGAGUUGCUUUCUUAAAGGGGAAUUAUUAUCAACCAGUGAAGCACAUAGUAAUUGAUGAGGCCCAGAAUUUCCGGUCAGAGGAGGGCGAUUGGUACAGCAAAGCUCAGUGCAUCACCCAAGGACAUGGUCAUUGUGAACCUGGUGUUCUCUGGAUCUUCUUGGACUAUUUACAAACAAGUCACCCAUUUCCAUGCGGUCUUCCACAUCCAUCCGAACAAUAUCCUCAGGAGUGGCUAACUAUAGGGGUCCGGAAUGCCACCCAGAUAUACAAUACCAUGGUACAAGAGAUGCAAAAUAUUGUAGAAUAUUCACAAAUUGAUAUUCCUUUUGAGCGUUUAAGAAUGCUGCUAAAUGAAGCUGUAUGUGGCCAUCCCCUGCCAGGUGUUUGUAGGGUAGAAGAAAACUUGAAGGAGGAUGAAAUAGCGACAUAUGUGGUUGCUACCUGUUGCCAAUAUUUCCGAAGUGGUUAUUCUGGGAAAGACAUUGCUAUCCUGUGCAGCACAACGAAAGAGAAGGCCAGGUAUCAUUGCAUAUUACAACCCCGAAUGAGAGCGAUGAUGAGACAUUUCGGACUAGAUGCAGUUUUCACAACGGCAGACAACGUGCUGGGACAGGGCAUUGUUCUCGACAGCAUACGCCGCUUUUCUGGCCUGGAAAGAAACAUUGUGUUUGGUAUCAACCCAGUCCCUGUCCCUACACAGGAGGAGAUUUCUGAAAAUCUUAAACUCUGUGUGGCAUCCAGAGCUAAUUUACAACUUCAUUUGCUGUAUGAAAGGUAAUGCUUGAAAAUAUCAUGGUGGUUCACUCAGGAUCUGUUUAAUAACCAGUGAUAGUCAUGUCGCUUUUGUGGUUUUUCACCCAAUAUUCAGACGUAAAUACAAAUCUGACCAUGGGCGAAAUUUUACCUUAGAGGGCUCCCGUCUCCCAGGCUAAUGAACUACGUGAGGCCUGGGGUCUUAAAAAGCCAGUCCCGAAUAUAAACCAAAGGAGCUACGUGGGAUAUAGUGAGAAUGGUCCACUUGAAGCUAAUCAGUCCUCCCUGCUAAUGUUUCAAGAGAUUUUGGGUGCCCCACUCUUCAGGUUCCCAAGACACACCACAGUGAUCCACAAAACUCCGGCUUGACUGCAGCCUAACCCCGUAGGGGCCUAAAUUCACUCAGUGCCUAACUUUCCGCUGUGCAAAUUCCUUAGCUGUUUAAGUUUCAGAUGCUGGGGCAUGUGCACUGCUCCCUCCCUCUAGGGGCCCAGGCACUUCUCACCUAAGCCCAGAGCGAUUCACCAACCGGGGGAGACUAAGUUUUGUGCAGGAGGUGGUUUGGUAGGCGUGCUCAGAGGCUGCUUACUGUAUUGGGUCCCAUUGAAAACUGGCAGGAGAAGGAGAUGAUGGUGAUGCCCACCUCAGAACUUUCAGUCCAGGGGUAGAGCACUCCCCUGGGAUGUGGCAGGCCUAGGUUCAGUUCCCUCCUCUCUGCCAGAGGGGUCUCACACCUCUCAGGAGGGCACUGUACCCCCUGAGCUAGGGGGCACAUUCUGAUGUGUGGUUCCUUCAGUCUCUCCUGAGGAAGCUGUGGAUAAAUAGAGUGAGUGGAGCAGGCGGAUAGACUCAGCGUCUCCCAUGCCCCAGGCGAGUGUUCUAACCACUGGGCCAGAAGCUAUAAAGUGGGCACCACCUCCUCCUGCAGCUUUUUUUGCGGUGUGAGACAAGCACCAAACUCGUUCCCGCAAGAGCCACCUUAGGUGCCUGAGCCGCUUGUCUCCGGGAAAGCGGUUGCCAUUUGUGAAUCGCCAGGAGAGAGAGGGGCCUCACUCUGAGAAAAGGGCGGGCUUAGCAGACACCCGGCUUGUUGGCAUCUCCCAUUAGCUAGGCGGCUUCCUGCCUAGCGUGCUGCCUUGUGUGGUUCGCAGUCUAAGGGGCCGGUCUCUUCCCAUUCAUUGUACAGGGAGCCUAGGCACCUAUCUUUGUGGAUCACAGUUAGGGUGACCAGAUGUCCCGAUUUUAUAGGGACAGUCCCGAUUUUGGGGUCUUUUUCUUAUAUAGGCUUCUGUUGCCCCCCCACCCCCUGUCCUGAUUUUUCACAUUUGCUGUCUGGUCACCCUAAUCACAGUGUUCUUCCUAUGAUUUUCUAGGGGUCUACUAAAGGUUAGAUGUUGCCACAGUAGGUGUCACAGUGCUUUAGUCCCCGUGUAGAUCCCAGCUAUAGUGACUCAAUCAUUGCUCACCACCUUUAGAAAUCAGGUCCAGAAUGUCUGAAGUUAGAUACCAGGGUAGAUGGGCCUAAACCAAACUGAUUGGAAGCACCGCUUUUAAUCAUUACUUAUAUUAGCAAGUAGGAAACAUUGAUUUAAAUCACUGAUUUUUAUCUUCUCUUAUGUUUAUAUUUACAUAAUUUUUCCUAGAGAGAGGUUAUUUCUUAUUGGUUGGUAUAACCCUUAAAACAUGUUCAUUUGCAACCAAAAAUACCCUUCACACUUUGAUUUUUUUUUUUUUUUGCUAAUACUGUAGCUUUAAAUGCUUAUUUAAACAAUUCUAGAUCUUUAAAAAGGUAAAAAUUAAGAAUCUGAAAAAAUUAUGGUAUGAUAGAGAAUGGUCUUUUUUAUUGUGAUUUGUCAAUCUGCAUUUGGAUGGAAAUUGGAAUUCUAUUAAAUGUACAAAAACAGCACUUUAAAGUUGUUUAUUAAAUAAAACUACCUUAAAUGGGUUGGAUAAACUUU